GGCCCGCUAACCCUACCCUGCAACGUCAGCUGUCAAGCCGACUGUCAGUGUUUGAUUAGAUGUAGCUGCGUGUCUGAGUUUGCUGCUCUUUUUAGUCCAGUCUGGAGUCCACGUUCCUCUCCGAAGCUGAGAGGUGAACACUCAGCGGCGGCUCUGGGUUUCAGCGCUUUCAGUUUUCCCUGUGAGGUUUAGGAGGAAGGAUGGUUGCGUAAUAUCCGCAGGGUUAAACCGGGGAAAGUUGUUUCCUCUGAGCUCUCGAGCUGUGUGACUACUCUUUUCAUUUCUGGAGCUUUAGGUGAGGAUAAAUGUGAACAGGAAAGAGAGGUGCAUGUCCGUGAACGUAGCAUGCUUGCUAAUGCUCAACUGAAACUGAAACGGAUGGGACGGGUCCACUUUACAGAGUUUUAGAGCAUGGAGGAGACGGACAAGCCAGCGGCUGGACAAGCAGAGGACGGCGACACUGCUGGUCCAUCUGAAGCUGAAUUGAGUCUGCAGAUCCAGCUAGUCGACUGCCGAGCACAGCUGGAGCACUGGCAAGGCGUGGCAACGAUCUGCGAGCUGAGCAAACAGGAGGAGUUGCAGGAACUACAGAAACAUAGCGACCAGGAGAUCCAGUCUCUUCAAGAGGCCCUCAGAGAGACAGCGGCGCAGUAUGAGGCCAGAAUAUCAGCACUACAGUCAGAGCGUGCUCAGUGGAGGAGAGCAGGACUCACUCCAGAUAACAAGGACAGUAGAAAGAAGGGAAGGAUGGAGGGGGCCUCCCCACCUGCUGAGAAACUCCAGGGUGAGUCUCGGUCCCCCAAAGGUGCUGAUGCUGAAGGUGCGGAGGGGGACUGUGAGCCGCGGGAGCUGAUGAUUGAGCCGUCAGACAGUGAGAGCACAGGACUCCAUAUGGAAGGAUUUUACACCCAGCACUGCGACUCUGCCUCACUCUCCUCCUUCUCCCUCGACACUCCCUCCCUGCCCAGACGCCCACACCCUCAGGAUGACACUGCCUCCCUGAUUUCUACAGGAACACUGGUGCCCGAAGCCAUCUACCUGCCUCCACCAGGGCACAGGCUGGUCACACAUGCAGAUUGGGAUGCACUCCAAGCACAGGUGGCUGAAUUACAGGGAGAGUUGACCCAGCUGAGAGAGCAGAAGGCACAGCUUGAGAAAGAGCUGGACACACAGACCACAGAAACCCAGAAACAGGUGUCAGCACUCCAGUCUCAGGUACAGACAUCUGAGGCCCUCCUCCUGGAGCUGCAGAAAUCCUUUAGCCAAUCACAGAACGCUGUACAGAGCAGACUGACAGAGCUGUCUCUCUCUCAGAGGAGAGUGUACAGUGAGCUGUCCAGGCUGAAGGGAGAAGAGGCCGAUGAGAGCAGCACAACAGAAGAUGAACACCCACCGCUGUUUCUACAGGGGGCACACUCUGAAGAGAGGCUGCGUAUUGAAAUAGUGAACUUGAAGGAACAGUUGGAGAUGCGCACGGAAGAAAGUGAGGUCUUAGAAGCCCAGCUCUCCAGCCUGAAAAUAGAGACGGAUCGCAUCCAAAGCGAAAAAGAUAAGUUGGAGAGUGAGUUGCAAGAGUGUCGCACUGAGCUGCAGGGCCUUCGGGUGGCGCUCUCACACCUACAAAGAGACAGCAAGACACAGAGCCACGACAAGACGGUUCUUCAGCAGCAGUGUUUAGAGAUGCGCAGUCAGGUGAUCAGUUUGCGCUCUCAGCUGGACACCAGUCAGGCCGUGCAGAGGGACUUUGUGCAGCUGUCGCAGUCAUUGCAGGUGAAGUUGGAGCAGAUUCGUCAGGCAGACUCUUUGGACCAAGUGAGGCAGAUCCUUGGGGAAGGACUUGAAGUAGACAGUGACCAGCCCAGCAGUGCCACGUGAGCUAGCUGGAGACCAUCACCCUUUUGUGGACCAAAGUGAAAAGACAUCAGAAAUCAGCAUCAAUCUUUUAAAGUGUUUGGUUAAAUAAGGAGACGUGCCAUGUCUUUCAGUGGACACUGUAUUUACACUUCUGUUUAACUGAAAUAUGACAAACAUUUUACGUGCUAAGCUUAAUAUACACAGAACUAAGCUUAAUAUUUUCGGAAACUGGACUAACAACUGGUUCUACUUGAAUUUUAAGCUUUCAUAACAGUUCAUAAACUUUUUACAGGUCUUUUUUCAUGAUCUCGUGUGUGUUAACGAGACAAGGUAACUGUAAUCUAAGGGUGUCAAUGAGACUCUUUUGGCGAGUCUUCCUUAUACUUCCUGCUGUCUUUGUUAACACACACAAACAACACCUAACUUCCUGAACUUGUUCAUUCCUCAUUUUUGUUUCUAUCACCAGCUAAACUUUCAUAACUGUGAGAAACUCUUAAUAGAAGUGCCACACUUGGUUUUUGCACACUGUUUGAUGCUACUGAAAAGGCUGGUGAUAUCACUAUGAUUCCAUAACUGUCCGAGCCAGAGAGCAGACUCGACAUCUGCAUCGUUAUGUCAUAGCUGUGUUAAUAGGAACUUAGAACAUUGACGGUUGUAGGGACGGCUACAGUUACCAAAAAUAAAUCUGUGUUAGCUAAGCAGCAACUCUUACAUGAUGGCUUGACAGUCUUUGCUCACAAAUUAACUACUGAGAUCUAAUAAAAUAAUAGAAAAGUCAUGAGGAUAUCAAAGUUGAGCGAACGUGAUCGCUGCUGUUGCGCCUGGUAUCAAUUGAAACUGAUGACGUUCAGAAAAAUGGAAAAAUUGGCUACGUUAAUGUGCCGGUAUCCUACAUUUUACUUGUUCUUUUCCAUCUUAUGUCCACUUUUUUAUCUCUUAGGUUUAAAUAGGUUGGUUAGGGUACCUUUUAUAUAUGUAAAUGACCUUUGUUCUGAUUGGCUAUCCUGUAUUGUUGCUCACUGAAAAGCAGUCCAGAUUUUAUAUAUAUAUAUAUACUGAAAACUGUGUCCUCAGGUUCCAUAUGUAGACUGUAUUGCAUAGGUGGGGGCCAUUUAUGUGGGGCCCCCAUUAAUAUGGGGACCAUUUUAAACUGUAAACAAUGUUUACAUCAACUUUAAAAAAGUAAAAAAAAAAAAAUGUUUUUCCAUGAGACGGGCCCUUCAAUCAGUCUUUCUCUAUAGUCAUUUAAGAAAUAUUGUCGUUAUCAAUAAAUAAUAUUAGAAUUUAAUGGACAAUAAAAAUGUAAAAUUAACUAAAUUUCACAUUUUUGUGACUAGUCCGACUGGUGUUGCUUCAAUAAAACAACAGGGCUAGGGAGGAAAAAGAAUGAAAGGCUAUAUUGACAAGAAGCAGCAGUCAAAUUAUCACAUGCAAAACAGCCUUUUUUUUUCUUUUUCUUUUUUUUUCAGGCCCCCAUAGCCGUCCCUAAUGACAAACUACUGUCUGGGACAGAAAUCUCUAUUUCUUUGUUGUCUAAAACUCAUUCACAUUUACCUGUUACAAACAAUGGCACCACAAUAAACAUUAAGUCUCCCAGUCAUGACAAAUAAAGACAAGAACACCUCUUUAUUUUACAGCAGCGCAGACCAGCAUAAGGAGGGAAAGAGCACAUGUAGGAAAAGAAUAAAAUAUGCUAGUCUUAGAUAUUAAACAUACACAAUACACUUGCCAUAACAUUUGUGUGUGGGGACAUUUGGGGACAGCGUUAAUGGCUGUGAGUCAGUCUCUCAGAUCAAGCCUAUACAAAAGGAAUUAUGUCUGGGCAUUUCACUGACCAAGACUGCCCAUGAUAAGACACUGGAACACUCUUCAGAAACACAUGUUGUGCUGCAGGGAAUAAAACAGACUGGUGUUUUAACUUGCCAUCCUCGUUUUGUUUUUUGGCCAAAUAGAAAUACCUUUGCAGUCAUGUGUGAAAACAAGUUAACACAUCCUCUAAAAUGAACAGGCUUAAAUAGUGCAUUUUUCAGCAAAUUUUAGUGCAUAAUUUUCAUUUAUAUGCUGAGUUUAACAUACUGAGGAAAAAAAAACUAAAAUAUGGUCUGUGGAAAAGUUACAGCACAUUUUAUGUUUUAUUUUUUUUCCAAUAUGUUAAAUGUGUUCUCUGUAGAGGAUGUGUUAACUUAUUUUCACAUAAUUUGACCAGGAGUGUCCAAACUUUUGCAUACAAUUGUAUGUAUAAACUGUCCUGGGACCCGAUAUGAUGAGAUUUUUAACCACUUUUAGUUUAAGCCUAGGCUUAAUCAUUGUCUGGGACACUAGUCCUGUAUGUAUUUUAAGUAACUCUGUAGGAAUAGAUGUAUUGAUCAUGUGAUCUAUAUCCUAAUAAUAUUCAUCAUGUUUAGUGUGCUCUUCUGGGGUUUAUUAAUCAUACAACAGUUAUUUAACUGUUGUCUUUACAACAGACAUUUUCUGUUUGGUUUUGUUUUCCUUUUGGACUUUAUCAUUCCUUUUAAACAUAUUUUAUUAAACUGUCCUUUCACUCAA